GAGGCUCCGCCCCCAGCCGCUUCUCCUCUCCUCAGCGGCGGCUCCGGGCCCGGGGGUCCCGGCCAUGGAUUGUGAGGAGAUGAAAGAGCUGGAGCAGGAGGUGAUGGAGGAGCUGGGAAUCUCCCUGGAGGAGCUCCAGGAGGUGAUCGACAAGGAGCUGGAGCAGUUUGAGUGUGUGAAGCAGAGGAGGCAGCAGCUGGAGGAGCUGGAGCUCUGCCUGAGGCAGAAGGAGGAGGAGGUGGCUCGAGUGGACAGCCUGGUGCUGGAUGCUUCCAGGGGCAUUGAGAACUUCGAGGUGCUGGUCAGGGAUCUCUACUCCAAACUGGGGCUGCAGUACCGGGAGAGCAGCUCCGAGGACGAGGAGGCAGCUGCUCAGCCCAUGGAAGUGAUUGAGAUCCUGGAUGAAGAGGAGGAUGAUGAUGUCCUGAGCGUCGACACCGUCCCCAAGCACAGUGACAGCUCUGCCCGCGGCGCCAAGGAUCAGAGCUUGCUGAGGGAAGCCAUGGCUGCCAUGAGGAAAUCUGCUCAGGAUGUCCAGAAAUUCAUGGAUGCUGUGAACAGGAAAAUGACAGCACAGGCGCUGCAGAAAGAGACCCAGAGCCCUCAGGAAACCCCCAGCACCCCUCAGCCCCUCGGCCCGGCAGCCGCUGGGAGCGACCUCAGCAACGACGGGGAUCUGAGCGUUGGCAUGAGGAUCCUGGGCAAGAAAAGAACCAAAACGUGGCACAAAGGCACCCUGAUUGCCAUCCAGACAGUGGGGGCUGGUAAGAAGUACAAGGUGAAAUUUGAUAACAAAGGGAAGAGUUUGCUCUCGGGCAAUCACAUUGCUUACGACUUCCACCCCUCACCCGAGAACCACUGCGUGGGCAGCAGGGUGGUGGGCAAGUACAAAGAUGGGAACCAGGUCUGGCUGUAUGCUGGCAUCGUGGCUGAGACCCCAAACGUGAAGAAUAAAGACAGGUUCCUCAUCUUCUUCGACGACGGUUACGCUUCCUACGUCAAGGAGUGGGAGCUGUACCCUGUCUGCAGGCCACUGAAAAAAACCUGGCAAGACAUCGAGGACGUUUCCUGCCGCGACUUCAUCGAGGAGUACAUCACUGCCUACCCCAACAGGCCCAUGGUGCUGCUCAAGAGUGGGCAGCUGAUCAAAACAGAGUGGGAAGGCACCUGGUGGAAAUCCAGAGUGGAAGAAGUGGAUGGCAGCCUGGUCAAAAUCCUAUUCCUGGACGACAAACGCUGCGAGUGGAUUUACCGCGGCUCCACGCGCCUGGAGCCCAUGUUCAGCAUGAAAACCUCCACGGCUUCCACCCAGGAGAAGAAGCAGAGUGGACAAACCAGGACUCGUCCCAACGUUGGAGCUGUCCGCAGCAAAGGCCCCGUGGUUCAGUACACCCAGGAUUUAAUGGGUGCUGGCACCCAGUACAAGGCCCUGGAGCAGCUGCAAGCAGCCUCACUGCCCCCUCGAGCUGCUUCUCCACAGCCUGCUGAGAUGGAGUGCCCUGACAACCAGCUAGCCCAGGGCAGGAAACAAGUGGCCAAGAAGAGCACUUCCUUCCGUCCCAGCUCGGUGGGCUCUGGGCAGUCCUCCCCCUCGCCCCCCAUCCUCACUGACCCCCCCACAGCAGGAAGGACCCAGCGCCCCCAACCCAGUGGCACCACCACCACCCCCGCCGCGCUGCCGCCGCCGUUCCACGGGAUGCUGGACCGGGUGCCCACGGAGCCCUCGUACCGUGCCCCCCAGGAGAAGCUUUUCUACCUCCCCCACGUCUGCAGCUCCACCUGCCUGUCCCGGGUCCGGCCCAUUGCCCGGGACCAGUACCGGAGCAAGAACCCCCUGCUCAUCCCCCUCCUCUACGACUUCCGCCGGAUGACGGCGCGGCGCCGCGUCAACCGCAAGAUGGGUUUCCACGUGCUCUACAAAACCCCCUGUGGGUUGUCCCUGAGGAGCAUGCAGGAGAUCGAGAGGUACCUCUUCGAGACAGACUGUGACUUCCUCUUCCUGGAGAUGUUCUGUUUGGAUCCCUACGUCCUGGUGGACCGCAAGUUCCAGCCCUGCAAACCCUUCUACUACAUCGCCGACAUCACCAAGGGCAGGGAGGACGUUCCCCUCUCCUGUGUCAACGAGAUUGACAACACCCCCCCACCCCAGGUGGCCUACAGCAAGGAGAGGAUCCCCGGCAAGGGGGUCUACAUCAACACCAGCUCCGAGUUCCUGGUGGGCUGUGACUGCAAGGAUGGCUGCAGAGACAAGUCAAAGUGUGCCUGUCACCAGCUGACUGUCCAGGCCACUGGCUGCACCCCGGGUGGGCUCAUCAACCCCAACUCUGGCUACCAACACAAGAGGCUGGAGGAAUGUCUCCCCACGGGAGUUUAUGAGUGCAACAAGAGGUGCAAGUGUGAUGUGAACAUGUGCACCAACCGCCUGGUCCAGCACGGGCUCCAGGUCCGACUGCAGCUCUUCAAAACCCAGAACAAAGGUUGGGGCAUCAGGUGCCUCGAUGACAUCGCCAAGGGCUCCUUUGUCUGCAUCUAUGCAGGGAAGAUCCUGACGGAUGACUUUGCAGACAAAGAGGGGCUGGAGAUGGGGGACGAGUACUUUGCCAACCUGGAUCACAUCGAGAGCGUGGAGAACUUCAAGGAAGGCUACGAGAGCGACGCCAAGUGCUCCUCUGACAGCAGCGGGGUGGACCUGAAGGAUGAGGAGGAGGAGCACACGGGCACGGAGGAGCAGGAGGAGUCCAACGAGGACAGCUCUGAUGACAACUUCUGCAAGGACGAGGACUUCAGCACCAGCCCCGUCUGGCGCAGCUACGCCACGAGGCGCCAGACCCGGGGCCAGAAGGAGAACGGGCACCUGGAAACGGCCUCCAAGGACUCGGGGCUCACCAGGCACCUGGGCCAGGAGGAAACGGGGGUGGCCACCUCCUGCAAGCUGCCCGUGUCAGAGGAGACCUCCAAGAACAAGGUGGCCUCGUGGCUGAGCUCCAACACCGUGGCUGAGGGCUUCCAGGACAACGACAGCAGCUCCUCCUUCAAGACGAGCGAAGGAGGCGAAGCCAAAGGCACCAAAAUGGAGCUCGGGGAGAGGGAGAAGCCUGAGCUGGAUGGGGAGAUGAAAACGGAGAAGAAAGAGGAACCUGAAGAUUCAAUCAAAAUGCCUGGGCUGAGGGACCUGGGGAGGUUGUAUGGGUACAACCCCAGCCCCCCAAAGCUGGAAGGGAUCCGGAGGCCCACGAGCAGGACAGCAUUGCUGCAGAGCAGGAGACACUCCCUGGCCACACAGCCCAACCCCGAGGAUGUGCUGACCCUCUCCAGCAGCACUGACAGCGAGGGGGAGGCCGGGCAGGCGGCAGCAGGACAGGCCCAGGGCACCACCAAUGACAGUGAUGACAUCCAGACCAUCUCCUCAGGAUCUGAGGAGGAGGAAGGGGACGAGAAGAAAAACCCUUCCCCUGGCUCAGGUCCUGUCAAGAGGCAGGUGGCUGUGAAAUCCACCCGGGGCUUUGCCCUGAAGUCCACCCACGGGAUUGCCAUCAAAUCCACCAACAUGGCCACGGCCGAGAAGGGGGAGAGCGCCCCGGUGCGCAAGACCACGCGGCAGUUCUACGAUGGGGAGGAGUCCUGCUACAUCAUCGAUGCCAAACUGGAGGGCAACCUGGGCCGCUACCUCAACCACAGCUGCAGCCCCAACCUCUUCGUGCAGAACGUCUUCGUGGACACCCACGAUCUCCGCUUCCCCUGGGUCGCCUUCUUCGCCAGCAAGAGGAUCCGAGCAGGCACGGAGCUGACGUGGGAUUACAACUACGAAGUGGGCAGCGUGGAGGGCAAAGAACUCCUGUGCUGCUGCGGGGCCAUCGAGUGCCGCGGGCGGCUGCUCUGAGCCCACCCCAUCCCCACAGACCCCCCCGGAGCUGGGAUUGGGGGGGGGGAGGGCAAAGCUGGGACGUUGCCCCCCACCCACAGCAGCUCCAGAAGUCAAACUCCCUCCUCUUCCCCUCCCUGGGUUCAAGCGUGGGGGUUUGGGGUUAUUUUUUUGGGGUGGGGGAGCUGCACAUCUACAGAGGGUUCAAUAAAUCACUGAAGAGGGUGGAAAACGAGGCAGAUUUUUUGGCAAACUGGAAUCAAAUCAAAAAUAGGUAAUAUUAGGCAAAAUCUAGAGGUGGGGGGAAUCCAGCUGCCACCUCCACUCCCUGGGGCACCCAAACUGAGCACAGCUCCGUGCUGGCACAAGGCAGCUUUGGUUUGGGGUUUUUUUUUCCCUCCCUUUUUUUAAAUUUAAGAACAACCCAACCCAAAGCACAACCACCUUUCUGGGGCCUCCAGGAGCUCUGGUUCCAUCCUCAGUGUCCACCUGAAUGGCAGCUUUGUCAUCCCAGGAGGAGGCAGUGGGGCCACCCCGGGCUGAAGGUGUGGAGAGCUUUAGGGAAAAAAAAAAACAAAACAAAAAAAACCCCAACCAAAACUCCUCCAAUCUGCCCAAUUUUAGCACUGCAGAAGGGAUCUGUACCCCAAAUUAUGCCCCCCCUCCCCCUCAACCCGGGACCACCCACACAGCACCCACCAAACCCUUGAUGGUGUGUUGGGUUUUUUUUUACUGAAGUUUAUUAGUUUUUAGCUUUUAAUAUAUUUAACCUUUUAUUUUUUAAAAAAAAAAGAGGAAAAAAAAAAAAAAAAAAAAGCAAAACCAACAAAACACGUUUUGGUCUGAGUUGGUUAAUGGUCCUUUUCCCCCCCCACCCCCACCCCACAACCACGGGGAGGUCUCACCGCAUCCCGGGGUGGCUGCGGGAGGCAGAGCCAAGCCCGGCUCCUUCCUUCUUCCAAAUAAAUAGGAAAAAAACAAA